GUAGUUCUAUGAGCACCUAGUCGUGCCUAGGCAACGGCGUGAACGCGCACGUCAGCCUCGCUCGCCGCAGAGCCUCAGCUGCCUCAGUUGCCUCGGCUUUGACGAUUAAUCGCGAGGAUGGUGUUGACAGCGAGAGGCGACGGAUGGGCGCUUUAACUCGCGUAAAUGGAUGACACGUUCAUAUGAAAUUACAUUCUUAAGGCUGGAAAAUAACGCCCCACACCCUACAACCACGACGUCUGUGGAGAAAGACGACGUUGCGAGGCCGUGGACAACUCGAACGUUUACUGAUGGAAUCUCCAGUUGCUGGUAGAUGGAGAAACCGACAUAGUGGACUCGUGAAUAAUUAAAAACGGCAUCUGCUGCUGCUCAAAAAAAAGAAAGAAAAAUAGGAAAGAACAUGCAUCUGCAUCAGGUGCUGACGGGAGCGGUGAACCCGGGGGAUUGCUGCUACUCGGUGGGGAGCGUGAAUGACGUCCCAUUCACGGCCUAUGGCUCAGGUUGUGAUGUAGUGAUCUUGGCUAGUGACUUCGAGUGUGUGCAAAUAAUCCCAGGAGCUCAGAAUGGGAACAUUCAGGUGGGCUGUGUGGAGUGCUCCCAUCAGCUUGGCAGGAUUGCUGCCUCCUACGGAAACACAGUCUGCAUCUUUGAACCUCUCUCUACCAACCCAAACAAACGCCACAAGCAGCUUAACUAUCAGUGGCAAAAGACAGGGCAGUUCUUCCUUGAUGCCAUCACCUACAACCUGGCGUGGGACCCACAGGGGAACCGUAUCCUAGCAGCAACCGAGCGUCUUCAGCUGUGGGCUCCACCGCUGGCGGACACCUUAAUCGAGGAGGAGGAUGGCCAGGCGUCUGAGGACAAGCUCCAUCCUGUUCUAAAUGACUGGAACUGUGUCUGGCAGUGCAAGACUGCUGCAUCUGUGCAUGUUGCCAAGUGGUCCCCUGAUGGAGAGUACUUCGCAACAGUUGGGAAGGAUGACUGUUUACUCAAAGUGUGGUAUCCCACCACGGGCUGGCGUUCUGCAGUGGUGGUCCAGGACCCUUCGGAUAAGAAACCUCCUGCUGUUCACUUCUCUUUUGUUUACCUGGCCCAUCCUCGCUCGGUCACCGGUAUGUCCUGGAGGAAGACUAGCAAGUACAUGCCAAAGGGUUCGGUGUGCAAUGUUUUGCUGACAUCUUGUGAGGAUGGCGUGUGUAGACUGUGGUCUGAGACCCUGCUUCCAGAAGACAGCUUGCUAGGGGGCCAAAUAACUGAGAACACACACUCGUUUAGCUCUAGCUUGCCAGGCUUGGCAGGCAAUAAGGAUAAGAUUCAGCAUGCCUUGGAGUCUAUUCACCACCUGAAGCAUCUGCGUCGGGGAAGGCGACGAUCAUCUGCUCUGGUAGCUCACAGUGAGCUGCUCCCCUCUCAGCUUGGCACGCAGGAUGCGCACACUCACCGCCACAUUGCUCAUCAUGCCAACGCUUUGUGUCACUUCCACAUUUCAGCCAGUAUUAAUCCCAACACAGACAUCCCCUUAAUGCUGGCAGACUCUACACUCUUCAACACAGAUGAUGGCACCGGGGCAGGAGGAUUUGUGGUUCAUUGGCUCAAUAAUAAAGAUCUAAGUUUCACCUGCUCAAUGGAUCUUUUUAUGCUACAGCUCCGUAAGUUCUCUGAACAACAGUUAGACCAUGCCACAGAAGACCCCCUGGACCCUGAAGGAUCCCCUUUGAAGUUUGACUUUGACCUGGAUGAGAUGUCUGACAAAGCCUCAUCUGAACUUGGAGAGGAGGGGGAGCCAGGGGAGCAGGGAAGCACAAAGGCAUCCUCACCAGGAUCCAGCUCCAGCUUACCUUUGCCCUCAAUGCUGCUAGAGAGGAGAAUGGAGAUUCUAACCACAGAGUGGAAUAAGAGUCCUGACAUGCUGUUCACCAUCCACCCAACUGACGGCUCGUUCCUUGUUUGGCAUGUCAAGUACUUGGAUGAAUUUAACCAAGGCAUCUUCAGGCAGGUUCAGGUGUCCUUUUCCUCCCGUAUCCCAGUGGCAUUUCCGACAGGUGACGCCAACUCUCUGAGUAAAAACAUCCUGAUGUAUGCCUGUACUUUGACCGAGAGGGAGAGUUUCAGGGCAGCCGAGCAGGGAAGGAUGGGUCAACAUGUUGCUCACUCUGCCUCGGCCUCGGCUGGCCUUGGUUUUCCUGCCUUAGCCUCCUCUUCUCCUAAUCUUGGUACCAGUCCUGCCGUCAUGAUGGUCUCCAAGCAUGUUGACGGAUCUCUUAACCAGUGGGCUGUGACAUUCGCAGAACGCUCUGCGUUCUCCAACGUAUUGACCGUGUCCCACAAAUUUCGCUAUUGUGGCCACCGUUUCCAUCUGAAUGACCAAGCCUGUCACACAGUGCUGCCACUGCUGCUCACGUCCUCACACCAUAAUGCACUGCUUACACCUCCCUCGGCUCCUGGCAGCAUGGAUGGGGAACAACCUCCCACAUUUCCCCUUCCAAAGGGACUUCCUAGGAAGCAGCUUCGCAAUGCAGCAACAAGGACCUUCCACGACCCCAAUGCCAUCUACAGUGAACUCAUCUUGUGGAGGGUGGAUCACAUUGGACCCCUCUCAUGCACCGGAGGGGUCUCUGAACUGGCUCGGAUCAACUCUCUGCACACCUCUGCUUUCAGCAAUGUUGCUUGGCUACCUUCACUAGUUCCCAGCUCUGUACUUGGAACAUACUGCAAUAGUGCCAGUGCCUGCUUUGUGGCAUCAGAUGGUAAGAACCUGCGUCUGUAUCAAGCUGUGGUCGAUGCCAGAAAGCUACUUGAUGAAUUGUCAGAUCCAGAAACAUCUAAAUUAGUUGGUGAAGUGUUCAACAUUGUCAGUCAGCAGUCCACCGCCCGACCUGGCUGUAUCAUAGAGCUAGAUGUCAUUACAAACCAGUGUGGAGCCAACACCCAGCUGCUGCAUGUCUUCCAAGAGGACUUCAUUCUAGGUUAUAAGCCUCAAAAGGAACCAGAUACACACCCAACUGCUUUUCCAUCUGGUGAAGAUUACCACCCUCCUCCUUUUUCGGAGAAGUUUUUCCUGGUGGUGAUAGAAAAGGAUCUCAACAGGAACUCAGUGCUACAAAUGUGGCACCUGCACCUUCAGUCUGUCCAGGCGUGUGUUGAUGAUCUGAACCAAGAUUCUAGCUUCCAGAGCCAACUAAUGGUUCCCAAUCAAGUUGUGAACCCUGACUCAUCUCCGGAGACCUCCCCUAUCAAACCUCUUCCCCGCUCAGCCUCCACGAUCAACUUGCAGUCAGCCAGCAAACUCAUCCUUAGUUCCAAACUGGUGUAUAGCAAGCGACUAGACCUGCCCCAUGGGGUCGAGGUUACCAGAGCCACACCGUCUGCUGGCCAUCUCAGUUCCUCCUCCAUCUACCCUGUAUGCUUGGCUCCUUAUCUGAUUGUGACUACCUGCUCAGACUCUCGGGUGCGGUUCUGGCGUUGUGCCGUAGAGGGUGAUCAUGGAGAUAGUGACUAUGACCAGGACAAGCGGAUGUACCGCUGGGAGCCGUGGGCUCUAAUGAACGAGGAGGAAGACAACAACAGCGCUGUGUUUGUGUCGGGACGGCCUGUUGCCGUGUCAUGCUCCUACAUUGGUAGGCUGGCUGUGGCUUUUAAACAACCACGUCAAGGACAGAUUUCUGGAAAAGAGUUCUCAAUGCACGUGUCUAUCUAUGAAUGUGAAUCAACUGGUGGUUCAGAGUGGGUUUUGGAGCAAACUCUCCACUUAGAAGAAUUUAACAGACCCUCAUCAACAUUGGACCCAAGAGUCAGCGUGGACUCGAACCUCUUUGUUUACAGCAGGUCAGACCUGUACAUGACUCGAGACCACAACUCACCCAAUAUCAAGCAUUACGUCCACCUGGAUUGGUUGUCAAAAGAAGAUGGCUCUCACAUCCUUACAGUGGGGGUCGGAUCAAACAUUCUCAUGUAUGGUCGCAUCUCUGGCAUGGUUAAUGAGCAGACAAGCAGCAAAGAGGGUGUGGCUGUCAUCACCCUUCCUCUGGGGGGCAGUAUCAAACAAGGGAUCCGCUCUCGCUGGAUCCUACUCAGGGCCGUGGACCUUCUGUCCUCUGUGGAUGGCACUCCUUGUUUACCAGUUUCACUCUCUUGGGUGAGGGAUGGCAUCUUGGUGGUGGGCAUGGAUUGUGAGAUGCACGUAUAUGCCCAGUGGCACCAGGACAAGAAGCCCGGUGAGGGAGAGGAGGGCAACCUGUCAUCUGCCGAUAUUGCUGGAGGUCAAACCAUAGCUACUUCUUCAGUCUUUGAAGGGAGAGCCAGGUCCAAGAGUGUGUUUGAAGGGAGCGCCGCCGUGGAUGAGGCCCUACGUGCCCCGGCGGGACUUCAAGAGGGUGGACUUUUUGAGGCGGCUCACUCUUUGUCCCCGACUCUACCCCAGUAUCAUCCCACCCAGCUCCUUGAGCUCAUGGAUUUGGGAAAGGUUCGCCGUGCCAAGGCCAUUCUUGCUCAUUUGGUGAAGUGUAUUGCUGGGGAGGUUGCUGUAGUAAGAGAUGUCGAGGCAGGAGAGGGUGGAGCCAGGAGACACUUGUCUCGAACCAUCAGUGUGACUGGCAGCACAGCAAAAGACACCAUCGUGGCUGGUCGUGACGGAGGGCGGGAUUAUACCGAAAUCAACUCCAUCCCCCCGCUGCCUCUCUAUGCGCUCAUGUUAGCUGAUGAAGAUACUUCCUUCAAGGGACCAGAAGACACUGUCAAAGGACCCAAAGUGGUCAAUGGUGAAGCAGGGCACAUGACUGCCGAGGACCAAUAUGCUGACCUAUUCCAGGUGCCAACAGUCACCACGGAUGACUUUGUCAAUUUUGCUACUGACAAACCAGAGAAGAAGUCUCGAGUUAUCAACCUCUCUCAAUACGGUCCUGCCUACUUUGGACCAGAGCAUGCGCAGGUGUUGUCCAGUCACCUUAUGCACUCCAGCCUCCCUGGACUAACCCGACUUGAGCAAAUGUUCUUGGUGGCCCUGGCUGACACGGUAGCAACCACUAGUGCUGAGGUCACAAACUCCACUGAUCAACAAUACACAGGAGGUGAGGCUCUGGAUGAGUGUGGACUGAGGUACCUGCUGGCCAUGCGUCUUCAUACUUGUCUGCUCACCUCUCUGCCCCCACUUUACCGCAUGCAGCUUCUUCACCAGGGUCUGUCAACAUGCCAUUUUGCCUGGGCCUUUCACUCUGAGGCAGAGGAGGAGCUGCUAAAUAUGAUUCCGGCCAUGCAGAGAGGUGACCCCCAGUGGUCUGAGCUCCGAGCUGUUGGUGCUGGUUGGUGGAUACGCAACAUUAACACCUUGCGGAAAAUGGUGGAGAAGUUGGGCAAAGCUGCAUUCCAGAGGCACAGUGACCCUUUAGAUGCUGCUCUCUUCUACCUGGCCAUGAAGAAAAAGGCUGUCCUGUGGGGACUCUUCAGGUCCCAACAUGAUGAGAAGAUGACUCAGUUCUUCAAGAAUAAUUUCAGUGAAGACCGCUGGCGAAAGGCGGCGCUAAAAAAUGCUUUCUCCUUGCUUGGAAAGCAACGCUUUGAACAGUCGGCCGCCUUCUUCUUGCUGGCUGGAUCACUCAAAGACGCGAUAGAGGUUUUGAUGGAGAAGAUGGAGGACCUCCAGUUAGCCAUGAUAGUCGCUCGACUCUAUGAAGCAGACUUUGAGAAUUCAUCCACCUGCCAAGGCCUCCUUUAUGAGAAGGUUCUCGGUUGUAACAGGGAUGGAAGUCACUACCACUGUUCUAGACUUCACCCUGACCCGUUCCUGCGCAGCAUAGCAUACUGGAUCAUGAAGGAUUACACCCAAGCCCUGGACACACUCUUAGAGCGCAUCCCCAAAGAUGAUGAUGAUAACCCUGAUGUGAUGGUCAAGUCUUGCAACCCUGUGGUGUUCAGUUUCUACAAUUAUCUAAGAACGCACCCACUCAUCAUCCGGCGGCACUUUGCAAGCUCAGAGGGUACAGCAACCACAGUGGGUCUCACUGCAGAAAAGAGUAGUGCUGAUGAGAUCAACCUCAUAGAGCGCAAAUUGUUCUUCACCACAGCAAAUGCACAUUUCAAGGUGGGCUGCCCAGUUCUGGCCCUGGAAGUUCUCUCCAAAAUUCCCAAAGUUACAAAGAAAUCAAAUUCGUCUCCCCUGAGCAAGGCUUCAUCCAAGGGCAACUCAAGCCAGCAACUGGAAAAGAGCACAGUUAUAGAAUGGGCUUCACCUGCACCCCCUGCAUGGGGAGGAAAUGAAAGUGCAGGUGGGAUGGACUGGAGCCAGCCCAUGGGCAAGUUGGAGGACGAUGAGCUGAAGCUCGACUGGGGGGAUGACAAGGAAGAUGAUGAAGAUGACGAUGAGGAUUGUCUGACUAUGAAGAAACUUGCCACUGCGAUGAAAGCGGAGGGAGCUUUUGAAUCUAAGCUGCAGAGAGAUGACUCACAGGGCGAGUCUGAAGUGGAUGUGAUUGCAGAGCAGCUGAAGUUCCGCGCCUGUCUAAAAAUCCUAAUGACAGAACUGCGCACACUAGCCACGGGUUUCGAGGUGGAUGGAGGCAAACUUCGUUUUCAGCUCUACAGUUGGCUAGAGAAGGAGAUAGCAGCCAUGCAUAACAUCUGCAACUACAAGGUAGAAGGCAAGGAGCCUGAGGCAGAGCACUGGGCAGAACGAGCGGCAUCAGUGGAUAUAUCAGAUGACCUGUUGGAGAGAACAGACGCUGGUGCCUAUGAGCGUCACCAAAUGGAGCGGCGGCGCCUUCAGGCUAAGCAGCAACAUUCGGAGCGGCGCAAGGCUUGGCUGAGGAAGAAUCAGGCCCUGCUCAGGGUUUUCCUCUCUUACUGCAGCCUGCAUGGAGCCAAGGGAGGAGGAGUCACCUCUGUACGCAUGGAGCUCCUUUUCCUUCUGCAGGAGAGCCAACAGGAGAUCACAGUGAAGCAGCUGCAGUCUCCCCUUCCUCUCCCGACCACUUUGCCUCUGCUCUCGGCCUGCAUUGCCCCCACCAAAACGGUCAUAGCCAAUCCCGUGCUUCAUCUCAGCAACCACAUUCAUGAUAUUCUGCACACCAUCACGCUCAUGGAGGCUCCGCCGCAUCCAGAUAUCAUCGAUGAUCGGGUAAAUGCCCUUCACACACUGGCAGCGUCUCUGUCUGCUUGCAUCUAUCAGGCGUUGUGUGACAGCCAUAGUUACAGUAGCCAGACUGAGGCCAAUCAGUUUACUGGAAUGGUGUACCAGGGCUUGUUGCUCAGUGAGAGGAAACGACUCCGCACAGAAAGCAUAGAGGAACAUAUCACUCCAAACUCGGCUCCAGCUCAAUGGCCAGGUGUGUCGUCCCUGAUUUCUCUGUUGACGUCUGCCAGGGAGGAGGACCAGCCGAGACUCAACGUGCUGCUGUGUGAGGCAGUCAUGGCUGUUUAUCUAGCCUUGCUCAUCCAUGGCUUGGGCACUCACAACAGCAAUGAACUCUUCCGCCUUGCCGCACAUCCUCUCAACAACCGCAUGUGGGCCGCAGUCUUUGGAGGAGGGGCCAAAGUCAUAAUAAAACCAAAGAGGCCCGAGGCCCCACCAGUGGUGCCCCCUCAGCCCCAAGCUGAGGAUGGGGACCGAUACAGGCGCAGAUUUAAUAUGAGGAUGCUGGUACCUGGUCGCCCUGUCAAGGAGACGCCAGCCGCCCCACCACCGCUGCCCACAGAGAGACCCACUUACAGGGAGAAAUUUAUUCCCCCAGAGCUGAGCAUGUGGGACUAUUUUGUAGCCAAACCUUUUCUGCCAUCGUCAGAGAGCAAUGCUUUGUGUGACUCGGAUGAAAGUGGAGCAGAGGAUGAUGAAGAUGAUGAUGACGCUUUCCUUUCCGACACGCAGAUGACUGAGCACUCUGACCCAAACUCCUACAGCUGGGCUCUGAUCCGCUUGGUCAUGGUGAAACUCUUUCAUCACUGCAUUAAGAACUUUCUCCCUAUUACUGGGCUUGAAUUUGCAGACUUGCCAGUCACUUCACCUUUCACAAAUGCUGUGUUGAAGACUCUCGAGAACUGGGAACAUAUUUUAUUGGAGACCAUGAACAAAUUUGACGGUCCGCCCCCCAACUACAUUAACACUUACCCUACUGACCUCAGUGCUGGAGGCGGUCCUGCCAUCCUGCGUCACAAGGCCAUGCUGGAGGCAGACAACACUCCUUUCAAGACAAAAAAUCAUCAGUCCUUUCCAGCUCGACGCCUGUGGCAUUUCUUGGUCAAACAGGAAGUUCUUCAGGAGACCUUAAUUCGUUACAUCUUUACCAAGAAAAGGAAGCAGAGCGAGUCUGUAGACAACCAUAUGGACCAUGUAAGGCCAAACUGCGUAGCUGGAGCUAGCAGUCUCAACAAGGUAGAGGCAGAUCUGGGCUAUCCAGGAGGCAAAGCAAAAAUCAUUCACAAGGAGUCUGACAUAAUUAUGGCAUUUGCACUCAACAAGGCAAACUCAAAUGAAAUAGUGCUGGCCUCCACCCAUGAUGUCCAGGAAGUGGAUGUGUCAACACUGGUGGCUGUUCAACCCUACACGUGGAUCGGAGAGGACUUUGAUAAGGAGUCACGCAGCUCUGAUGACAUCGACUACAAAUCAUCUCACACCAACAUUGCCCAGGCCAGCUCUGGUCCCUUUGCGCCACCGCAGAUCCCUGUCUCGGCAUCCAUGCCGUGGCUGGGCAGUGGGCAGACCAGCAUGGGAGCCAGCGUGAUCAUGAAGCGGAAUCUUAAUAAUGUCAAGAGAAUGACGUCCCACCCCAUAUAUCAGUAUUACAUGACGGGAGCCCAGGAUGGCAGUGUGAGAAUGUUUGAAUGGAACAGACCACAGCAGCUCAUCUGCUUCAGACAAGCAGGCAACGCUCGUGUCACUCGACUCUAUUUCAACUCCCAGGGCAACAAGUGCGGAGUCGCUGAUGGAGAGGGAUUUCUCAGUCUCUGGCAAGUCAACCAGACGUCCUCCAACCCCAAACCUUACCUGAGUUGGCAGUGCCACACAAAGACCUGUGGCGAUUUUGCCUUCAUCACAUCUUCGAGCCUCAUCGCCACAGCCGGACAGUCCAAUGAUAACAGAAAUGUUUGCCUGUGGGACACUCUGAUUUCACCCAGCAAUACCAUGGUCCACGCAUUCCCAUGUCAUGAGAAUGGGGCCACUGUGCUGCAGUACGCUCCUAAACAGCAGCUGCUGAUCACCGGAGGCAGAAAGGGCUUCGUGUGUGUGUUUGACAUUCGCCAGAGACAGCUGCUCCACACUUUUCAAGCCCACGACUCCGCCAUCAAGGCGCUGGCCCUGGACGCCUUCGAGGACUUCUUUGUCACCGGCUCCGCAGAGGGCAAUAUGAAGGUGUGGAAGCUCGCUGGCCACGGGCUCAUGCACUCCUUUGGCAGCGAGCACGCCAAACAGUCCAUCUUCCGCAACAUCGGCGCCGGCGUCAUGCAGGUGGAAACGCGUCCCGGGAAUCGCAUCUUCACCUGUGGGGCGGACGGCACCCUGAAGAUGAGGGUCCUCCCAGACCGCUACAACAUCCCCAGCAGCUUGGUCGAUGUCCUGUAAUUUUCUUCCACUUUUGAAGGUCCGAAGAGGAACUCGUAAGGGGAAAGGGAAAAAAAAAAAUCACAAACACUUAUACAACACUCACGAGGCAUUAAUAGAUGAGCUCGUCAAAAGCUUGCCGUACUCCGGGUAUCUUUUCAAGUGUUCAGAAGUCCACCUCUGAGUGACAAACGGGGCUGCAAAUGUGUGUUUUCCCCAAAGGCUACAAGCAGAAGUUUCAAGCAUAAGGUAACAUCCUUGAUUUUAAAGCUAGAUUUCUUGUUCUUUUAUUGAAGACUCUCUACUCUUAGAGCGUGUCCAUAGGGAAGCUAUGCAUGUCCUGUUCUCGUUCCGCGGUGCAAUCACAGGUCUAUUGACAGUGCUCUGUAAAAGUACUCUGGCAAAAAUUUUAAAA